AAUAUUGCACUGGAAUGUACCCCGGGACAAAAUGCGAGGCUCUGCCGACCAGCAAUUUCGCGACCGGAGUCCCUCACACCGCCACAUUUUCAAUGCUCUAUCAUUGCCGUGUCUAUUAUUGACUAUACGGAGCACUUUGCACGGCUUUUCAAGGGCUAAACGCUGCCCUUCGUGCACGUUGUCGCGGCAUGUCGCUGCAUUUUGCGAGCUCGGUGAGCGGACAGGCCGCUCCAGGGACUAAAACAGCAAGUCAUAACAUAUAAACGUCAUGUAUAAGCAUUAGACGAGGUUUGGUCUUUGGACGGUGCGGCGUGUAUGGGCACGCCCCCGAGUGAACCCGGGUUGGCUGGUGGUGUAAUUGACGGUGCCCCAUGUGUCCAGAACACAGGACACGCGCGUUGCGACAUACUGGGCAACUACACAAACAAUAUAUAUUGGAUGACUCGACCCCCAGAGCCCUCUUCUGCAAGAACCGUUUGAAAGUUGGGACCGCGCUCUAGCUUACGUAGCUGCGGCGCUCGGAGCGCCAGAAAUAGACUCGAAAAUGUUCGGUGGGCGAAGACGAAAAGAAGAGCAGGCGGAUGCAAAAGAGCGGGAGUUGCAGUUUUGGAAGUCGGAGCUGGACAAGGUGGUGGAGGAAAAGAAUGGAUGGAUGGAGAAGUUUAUGCGGGCCGCAGAUGAUGCAGACAUGCUGCGUGCGGAGCUGUUUCUUGUGCAGCGAGAGGCGGCAACAUCGCGGGCACAGCUGGAAGUUUACCGCAAGCAGGAGGAGUCGCGUGCGCGCGGUGACGGCUCCACCGCGGGCACACCGGGGCGGAGCGUUUUGGCGCCGUCCGUGGCAGGCUCGCGGGGCCCGUCCCAGACAUCAACACCCGUCAAGGGCGCGCCACCACAACAGGCAGUGCCGGCAUCGCCACCUGGUGCGCUAUCGGUGACGGGUGUACGGGCGGCAGCGUCGACCGCAGACGACCUGGUUUCUGGGCUACGGGCGGAGGUGGGGCGGCUGCGGCGGCAGGUGGAGGCCGCCGAGCUGGCCUCGCACCAGGCCGACAUGCGCACCGCCAUUCUGGAGGAGCGCCUGACGGACGCGGCGCGAGACCUGGACGCGGCGCGGCGGCAGACGGAGUACAUGCGCACCACUGCGGAGGCACACCAGCGUGAGGCAGACGCGCUGCGCGCCGAGGUGCUGUCUCAGCGCUUCAUCAACGACGAGACCGCCAACGAGACCACCAAGAUCCUGUCGGAGCUGUCGGCCGCGCAGCAGCGCUGCGCCAAGCUCGCGGCCGAGCUGUCCAGCAAGGAGCAGAUGGUGGGCCUGCUGCAGCUGCAGUUAGGUGAUAUGGCGGCGGCCGCGGCGGCCAGCACCGGCGGCGGCGUGCCAUCGUCCCUGAGCGGCAUGACUUCAGCAGCAGGCGCAGCAGCGGUGGGCACAUCCGCAGCCGCAGGCACGGCCUCCGUCUCUCCCGCGGCGGCCAUUGCAGUUCCUAGCUCAGUCUCCUCCGAUUCGGGCCCUCCGGGUGGCUCUGUGUCUUUGUCCGCUUCAGGGCUGGGCCUGGCAGCCACCAUCGCAGCCAACGCUGGUGGUAGCGGCAAGCCCGUCACCGGCACCGCGGCGUCGUCGAGCGCAUUCUCCACUGCUGGCACCGGACCCGUGUUUGGCGGCAGCGCUGCGCCGGGGCUGUUGGGCCGGGUUACGGAGGGCUACGGCAGCGGCGGCGGCGCCACCGGUAGCGGUGUCAGCGAGUGGCCGUCGGCGCGGCUGGAGUCCCCGCUGGACGGCGGCAAGAGCCCCGUCUUUGGUCAACCCAGUGGCGGCGAGUCGGGGUCCGGUGAUACCACACCUGGUGCCUCCUCGGCCCAGGCCACGCCGAUGGGCCGGCUGUGGGCUGCUGCUAAUGCAGCCGCCGGCGCCGCCUCUCCAUCUGGCACGGACGUGGCCACGCCGCCACCCGGCACCGCUGGCCCUAGCCCGGCCCUUGCCGUCAGCUCCAACGCCAACGGCAACAGCAGCAGCGGUGCCGUCAGCCCCGGCAGCGAGACCAGCAGCGCGUCGCCGCCAGUGGCAUCUGCAGCUGCGGUGCCUAACGCGGCUGCGGCGGGUGUGCCUGCACCGGAGGGCGGGGCGGCUCCUCGGGCCUACCAAGAGACAGCCAUGCAGGUCGAGGUAACGCCGCCUGCACAACCGCCUUCGGUUCUGCGCAAGAGCUUGUCUAAGGGCUUCGCGGCGGCUGCCGCGGCUGCCACUGGCAGGACCGGCGAUGCCUCAGGCGCCCCUGCGCCUGCCGCUGGCAGCAGCCGUGUCCACCACCGGCCGCCUCAAGUGCCGCAUCUUCCGCUGGCAACAGCGCUUCGCAGCGGAGGCGUUGGCGGCGCUAAGGCAGCACUCUAUACGGGCGGCGCGGCGGCGGCUGCGGGCGCUGAGGUCUAUGCGGUGGCGCACAUCGGAAAGCGCGACCCAGGUCAGCAGCCGGCGCCGGAGGCUGAGGACACGCCUCGUACCAAGAAGACUAUGGCAGCCGGCACGGGCAAGGUGGCAGCGGCGGCGGCGAUGUUUGGUGGCAAGGCUGGUCUGCCGCCAUCGAAUGUGACUGACCAAGAGGUGAAAGCCAAGGCAGAAGCACAGGCGAAAGCCAAUGCGGACGCCGAGGUGAAAGCCAAGGCGGAGGCCGAGGCGAAAGCCAAGGCGGAAGCGGAGGCGAAAGCCAAGGCUGAGGCCGAGGCGAAAGCCAAGGCAGAAGCGGAGGCGAAAGCCAAGGCGGAAGCGGAGGCGAAAGCCACCGCGGAGGCCGAAGCGAAGGCCAAGGCGGAGGCCGAGGCGAAAGCCAAGGCGGAAGCGGAGGCGAAAGCCAAGGGGGAAGCCGAGGCGAAAGCCAAGGCGGAGGCCGAAGCGAAAGCCAAGGCGGAAGCGGAGGCGAAAGCCAAGGCUGAGGCCGAGGCGAAAGCCAAGGCGGAAGCGGAGGCGAAAGCCAAGGCGGAAGCGGAGGCGAAAGCCACGGCGGAAGCGGAGGCGAAAGCCAAGGCUGAGGCCGAGGCGAAAGCCAAGGCAGAAGCGGAGGCGAAAGCCAAGGCGGAAGCGGAGGCGAAAGCCACCGCGGAGGCCGAAGCGAAGGCCAAGGCGGAGGCCGAGGCGAAAGCCAAGGCGGAAGCGGAGGCGAAAGCCAAGGGGGAAGCCGAGGCGAAAGCCAAGGCGGAGGCCGAGGCGAAAGCCAAGGAGGAAGCGGAGGCGAAAGCCAAGGCGGAAGUGGAGGCGAAAGCCAAGGCGGAAGCGGAGGCGAAAGCCAAGGCGGAGGCCGAGGCGAAAGCCAAGGCGGAAGCGGAGGCGAAAGCCAAGGUUGAGGCCGAGGCGAAAGCCAAGGCGGAGGCCGAGGCGAAAGCCAAGGCAGAAGAAGAGGCAAAAGCCAAGGCGGAAGCGGAGGCGAAAGCCAAGGCGGAAGCAGAGGCGAAAGCCAAGGCGGAAGCGGAGGCGAAAGCCAGGGCGGAAGCAGAGGCGAAAGCCAAGGCGGAGGCCGGGGCGAAAGCUACGGCAGAGGCCGAGGUGAAAACGAGGAGCCCUCCUAGCGGCCGCAAGGGAAAGGGCAAGAGUGCGGCGGCGGAUGGCGACGGCCCCAGCUCCAGUGCAUCCUCGCCUGCAAUUUCGGGCGGCCCCAUCAAGGUGGGCCGGCCCGGCUUGGUCCGCGCUGCGGCGGCUGCGAAGAAGGGAGCAGCGGCUCCAUCUGACGUAUCAGCGGCUGUGGAGGCCCCGGAGGCUGGAGGUAGCGCUGUGCCAGGCGCCCAGACCACGCCCAGAACGCAAGAGCCUGCUGCCAGCGCCUCGACGCCUGCAGCCGCUCCGGCGGCGGUGGCCUCAGGCGCGCUGCCAGCGGCUCAGAAGCCACCUCAGGCGCCAGUCCCUGCUGCCGCUCAAGAUGUGGCCGGCAAGGGCAAUGCUGCCAACGGUGCAAGCAAGGGUUCUACCCUCAGUGCCACCGCCGCGCUGCUGAAGCGCUUCAACUCGGGCGGCCUUGGCUCUGCAGGACAAGCGUCAGACGGCACCAGCGGACCAGGCAGCCGCGCGCGCUCUCCUUCUCCGCUGGCCGCGGCCGUCGGCGGCUUGGAGGCCGGCGCUGCCGCGGGCAGCGGCCUGGCAAACGUCACGGCGGCGCUGCGGCGGCUGAGCGGGACAGGAAAUGGUGGCAUGGAUGCAGCAGCGAGCUCCACUUCACAGCCCCGCUCACUGCAGCCGACACCGCCGCGCCGCCUGCUGGAUACCGGCGUCACGGGCCUGCUGAACAAAUUCCACAACGUUACCGGUGGUGCGGGCGUGGCACCAGGUGCGGCAGCGGCGACGGUGUGCGGUGGGGGCAACGGGGCAGGCAAUGGAGGCAAUGGCACACCGGUACCCACCAUUCCUGCUCCCGAGUACGGAUUUGGAGGUCCGGCAUCACGUGUUCCAGCCUCUGCCAAGAUUGCGCAAAUGCGCUCAGCGUUCGAAAAGAAGUGAUGUGGCAGAGCUGAUGAACGAGUGGACUCAGGGCAGGGCACUAAAAGGGCUGCUAGGAGGGAUGGUCAGUUGGCGUGUCUUUAAGGUACAGUCACGAGGUACAGUGCUGAUAUGGUAAUUGAACGGAGCGAUGUGCAGAGAUGUAGUUGCGUGUGCUGAUACCACACAACGGGAAGGAGGCGUGCCUGCAGCGGGCGGGAGCUGGUAACAAUAUGCGUUUUCAACUUGCCGGGUUGAGUGUGCAUGUGAUAAUUUUACACGGAGGUGCAGGUAGGUGGCCGUAGAGUCUGUUGACCUGCCACGUCCGCAGCCAGUAGUUGGUGCCGGUGCAAGCGUUGUUUCCAACGAUGCGUCGGAAGCCUGAAAUGGGCGAGGAGCUACCGUAGCACAGUAGUUGGGAGACAGAGUAUGUGAUGUUGCCGCAAAUACCAGUCGAGUGUUCCAGCAUAUGAGCACAAAUGACCUGCAAAUAUGAGGCGCCAGUGCAAUUUCUUUUACAGGUGAAGGUGCUUGUUCUUUGCUGGCGAGCAUAGCAUGGCACGGUGUGGGGUAGGGUGUAUUGUUUGGUUUGUUGCCUGCGGUGCUUUGGCUUGACAGCAGGACGCGGCUGGACGCAUGGUGAGCGGUGCUGCGUGUACAUAUAGAACCCAGGCUACGUCUGGGAGAUGCGGUAGGCGCUUGCGGCCUGAGACGGGAGACGUGGCAUGGGCGCAGCCCACUUUUUGUCUUGAGAGGGUGGUUCCUUUUUUGCAGCGUAGCUGAGCGGAGUUGUACUAGCGGUUUGAAGACGGAAGUUGGGACUGAUCGGGCGUGCAGGAUCACAUUGUAGGAGGGAGACCAGUAGGUGCUUGGCACCAGCUCUGCAUCCUGACCAAGGAGCCCCAAAGGCACGGUUAUGUGCCGUGUCGUGAGCCCUUGUGAGCCGUGUCAAAGCGUAUUAUCCGUGUUAUCAUCUGAGUCCCGACAAGACAAAAAAGGGGAAAAGUGGGCUGUGCCGCCACGCCACGUUGGUGCAAUGUCCGCGGCCGAAGGGUUCGGAACUAGCUCAUCUCCCGGACAUAGCCAGGGUAAGGUUGUACAGGCACCGCCCGCCAUGUGUCUAGCCACAUCCCGCUGUCAAG